AUGGUUGACUUCAAUACUAUCGCUUCAUUCGUUAUAACAGAUGAAACAGAUUUCAUGGAGCUUGAAAUAGAUGGAAAGAAGCACGAAAUAAGAUUUCACAAUAAUGUAGAAUAUAAGAUGGAAACAUUAGCUGGAGUGUUAAAUGCUCUCAUAAAUACUACAAUAAACAAGGAUAACGAAGAAAACUUAAUGAAUGUUAAACUUAUUGCAGGAGUUUUGAAGUUCAGUUAUGCGAAGGAGUUUAAGAUAACACGAAUGAGUCAUAGAGUUCAAUUGCUUCUGGGAGCAUACCAUAUGACAUUUCCUUUGAAAAGUGUUGACAAAACGAUUGAGAUGAAAUCUGUUCCAUACGUAUGUUAUGGUAAUUGUUUAUACAUUGAGUCAAAAAUAGCUAAUGUCACAGGUAUUUCAGGAGUUAAUAGUAAAGGUUCAGUAGAAUAUAAGUCUUUCUGUUAUGCAGUCAAUUCAAUGUUCAUUCCAAACGUUCCUGUCAUAGCAACUCAUUUAGGUAAAUGGGUUCGCAUUAGUCCUCAUAAUUUGAAAGACAUGCAAUUCAGACUUGUUGACUUUCAAGGAGAGCCUGUAGAACUGAAGGCACCAGUGCGAAUGACUGUUGAAGUUGACUUUUUAGAAAAUAUUAAAUGCAACAGCUUACAAGAGAACUCAGAGCUAAAAAUAUAA